UUUUAGGGAAUGUGUAUGCUGCUUUCAAAGCGGAUUUUGAAGGGAGCUUUUCAUGUCAAUCGGUGUCUCUUUAAACUUUCAUUCUGUGUCUUGUCCUGAAGUAAAGUUUAGGUACGUGUUUUCACUAGAUCUCUCCUACAAGCCGGCGUGUAACACAUCCUUGCAAUCGCUUUUAUAGCUCAAAUAAUCUGACAUCUACUCUCAAGGUAUCUGUAUGGAUUCAGCAAUGACUGAUGGCAGCAGGCGUUUCUCUCCUCCGUCGCCAAAAUGCCGAACAGGAGUAUAAGGCACUAACGCUAAAACUUGAAUCGCAGCUGUACUGGGACAUCCUUAAGAUUUACUCGGAGUCUGUUUUCUGUGAUGUAGAGAUUCAGUUCGAAAGUUCCUCGAUCAAAACACAUUCCAGCUUCCUAUCGCUGUAUGCGCCUCAAUUCUUUGCGGAGCUUCAGAAAUUACAACAAACGCAGAAUCCCAUUUUUCUAAACAAAGCUAAAGACCACAUCGAAACCUUCAUCAGGUCUCUAUAUCAACCAUCGAAAUCCUGUUUAAAAGAGAAAGAGCAAAAACUCAUCAAAUGUCUUCCUUUCCUUCUAAAAUCAAAUGGUGAUGAGAGUCGAGACCUGUACUUGACUCCGGACUCAACCAAUGAGCCGGAAAGCGACCAUGACGAUUCCCACAGCCACUUAGUGCCAUCUUAUUUCAGUACAAACCAACUCUACUACGCUCUCAUCACCCUUGAUGAGUCUUUCAUAAACGAUUCGGGUGUCGAGCAACUUGAAAAGGAACUCAGCGAACAGGACCAGCUAUCCCAAUCACUCUUGUCACUCAAAGAAAGCACCAUCAGGAAGACCGUUCCAGAAAUCAAAAGCAGCAAGGAAAACUCCCUCUCGAAAAGAAGUGGGAGUAAAGCCAGACGGCUGUCAUCCAGGAUCAAUGAUGAAAUGAGCGAUUCCGAAAAGGUGUGCAAGAAAGACUGUUGUUACGGUGAAGUUAUGAGCAAGUCUGUCAUUAAAGAAGCAAGUCAGUCAACACUCAACUCAGAAACCUCGGGAAUUGGGUCUUCUGAGCUAGCUGGUUUAUCCUAUGAUCCUGACAGUGAUGCAAGUUCCUCCGUCAAUGGACUGCAACCUUCAGAAAACAAUACAUCGCAGAAAAAUCCUGUUUACCAUCAAACUAGCACAUCCCAUUUUAUCAAUGCACCUAAUGGAGGUGGGAAUCAGACUUAUACAUCCACCGAUUUUACAACAUUUGUCAUUGACACUAGUGGAAAGAACUGCAGAGACAAUGAAGCUGCCGCCAUAAAUAGCCAUAACCCAAAAAUUAACCAUGACGCGGCGAAAAAUUUGGGAGAUGACCUCUGCGAUACAUCGGAAAGUUCCACCAAAGCGGCCAAAAGUGAGUGGAAUGAUAAGGUCCUAUCCAACGACAGAAAUCGAAUGAGUGUGAGUGUUUGUGUUGCAAGCAAUGGAGUUGUCAGUAACUCCAAAAAAAGCAACGUAUCAAACUCAGCACUUGUAGAGUCAUGUUCUGUUUACGAUUGGGUUGAUUCAAGAUCUUGGGAUGUUGUGAACGACGACGAACGAGACAUAAAAAGCAGGGAACAGAAAACACAGCUGCUAAAAAGUUUUUCAGAUGAAAUUAGUAGUAAGAUUAAUAAGCUCGAGCUAAAACCUAAAAGCGCAAGCGCUCGAAAUGGUUCGUGCCUGCCAUCAAAAACAAAUACGAGCAGUUCAAAUAAUUGCGAUGCGCAGCAACCUACCUCAAGUACUCUGGUCAGCAUUUAUGAAGAUUCCUUGGAGGCCUCGCAAAAGUGUAGUCCAGAAGAUAAUAUUCAGAAGACCUCUGCUCCCAAGAACAACUUCUUUAUUGACGCUUCCAGUUUGUUAGAUGAUAAUGAACUGGAUCAACCAUCAUAUAGCAGCUUUUUACCAAAUCAAACAGAAUACCGCCAUACAGACCAUUUUGAUCAAAACAAAUCUAAUAAUCCAAGCUCUGAAGCUCAGUUAAACUCCAGCCAAUCAAAGGAACCCGAAACGAGUACAAAAGUUUCCGAACCCCAGACUGAAAUGCCAAGAUUGAUACGGCAAAAAACAUUCGAGCUUGAAUCAAGUGAGGAAAAACUUGCCAUCUUGCGGAAAGAGUAUGAAAAACAACUGGGUGACAAAGUAUUCAACGAGAGUCGGACCAUGAGCGAAUCACAAAAUGGAAUUUAUGAGAGCUCAAAGUCGGAGUUUCCAGCUGCCUGUUUCAAGAAUGAAGUUCCAUCUUUAAAUUCGCCGGACUCUUUAAACAACGAUGAUCAACCUGAAGAAAACUUCCAGCGCAAAGAGUUUGUCGAAGAUUCCUUGAAUGUAAGCGCAAACAAGGCAGUUGCAAAAAGUUGCUCUGAUGAGCCCAGUGCAACGAGCACUCCUCAAUCCUCUCCAAAAUCUACAUGGAGCAAGGAAGUGGUGGGAUGUGACGGUGAAAAUGAUAGCUUUCUCAGCCCUAAGAGCGACAAAAGCAAGGUGAAUAGUCAUGAAUCCAUACCGAUUGUGUCCGGAGGGAUUGAAGUUAAGGACAUGUCAAAUCCAAUUAGCCUUGGGCACUCGAGUAACGCAAGUCCAUCUAUGUCCCGAAAAAUUGAAUCAUCACCUAUCUUGUCAAGUGGAGCUGUCAGCAUGGAGGCAGAGCCGAAGGUGCGUAAGAAGCGGAUUAAUCCACUAAAUAGCGAGUCUUGGAUCAUUGAUUUAAGUGAUGUUUCAAAGUCAUCAAACACUUCAAGAUUUGAUGAUUCAGAAGAUGCAUCAACCCCACCGCGAUCAGCAAAGUCAUCGUCUUCAGGGUCAAGUUUCUUCAUUGAUCUUAACGAGCUCUCUAAAGACCAAGAUAGCUCUCAAAGUCCAAAGCCUGUGAGUCAAUUAAAACUUCUCAAGAACAGUCGGAAAGAGUUCCAGAAAGUGUUAAAUGUUGAGAAGACGAAAGUCGAUCAGAAUCUGCAAACGAGAAGUUGUGGUUUUUUCGUUAACCUAAACGAUGAGCCUUUGACCGUACCGCAAAGCUGUGCAAAAAGCAAUGAUAACUUGUUUACCAUGUUCAUUGACCUCAACGACACACCAAGGUCCAAUUCGUUGGAACAACCAGGCAGAGCAGCAAUUGUCAGGAAAAGAUUGCAAUCUCAUGCUGAAAAAUUUUCACUGAAGCAAAAUGCUAAGUCAGAUGCAAGGAAUCAGAAUUACGAACAUCCAGAAGUGGCAAAAGGCAAGUAUCUUUUCAGUGACUUUGCUGUAGCUUCUAGUCGCAAUCCUAGUCAACCCCAAUCAGAUCAUAGUGAUCACUCUGGAUUCACCAAGAAUCCAACCCCUAGAGUUUCAAGUGCACCGACCAGACAUAAGAGGACGCAUAGUAUUUCGAUCGAUAAAAUACAGCAGCAAAUCAGUAGAAUUCCUGAUGUUGAUAAAUUUACUGCAGCCCAAAAGUCUGCGUGUUCUGGACCUGCAUCUUUAAACACAAGUUAUGGGAAAGGCAUGACAGCCUCAUGGCAUGGUGCAAAUAACAGCGGAGAAAAUUCAAAAAUCAUACCAAAAUUAGCAACGGUAGAUGAUCUACAAGACAUGAAGGUAGAAAAACCAGAAGAGUCACUUAGUGCAAGUAAUCACACCGAUGUUAGUAACAACUCGACCAGCAUAUCAGAAAUUGUGAAUUCAAAGCACACUUUUAUCCUGGAGGAUGAAGAUGCUAAAAACCGACAGUUGACCUACGAUCUUGACACGUCUGCAACCAGUCAUGACAAUGCUAGUGAUUUAUCAAAGGAUGACAUCUCCAGUUCCGACAUCUCAAAAACAGAGACAAAUGUAAGAAGCAACCCUGGAGUAGGAAAAGUUUCAGUUUCCAAGAAAGCCUCUAGUCAGUUGCAAUUAGAUGACAGUUUCGUCAAACUGUCGGACAUGGAUAAAGAACCACUUAAAACGCAAAGCAACAAAAAGGGAGGCAGCAAUCGUAUGAGUCGGAGUAUUCCAGAAGUCAGUUGGAUUGAGUCUAAAUUACAGUCUAAGUCAGCUACGAGUCGGUCGCUCAAUCGACUAUUCCCGCAGUUGAGUGCCAGUAUCAACAGCAGAACAUCUGAUUAUUCUGACACUGACCUUUCAACCAUUAGCAGUAUGCACAGCAGUCUAGAGCCAUCGGUCAUAGAGAGCACUGAAGAUAGUGAGCAAGAAACAAAGAACUGCUCGCAAUUAGGUGAAGACUUACUGCGCAUGUUUUUGGACGAAAUCAGUCCUGAUGUGAUAGUCGAGGUUGGAGGAAGGCGAAUCAAAGCUCAUAAAUGUAUCCUAUCCUCUCGAUGCCAAUAUUUUGCUGCCAUUUUAAGUGGGGGCUGGGUCCAAUCAGCAGGCGAUGUAAUUUCGCUUCAAGGAUUUUCCUACAGUGUCGUCCAUUUUGCAUUGUGCCAUAUUUACAGUGGAGCCAGCAACAUCCCUGACUCAAUAAGUAUAGUUGAGCUUGCCACUCUCGCUGAUAUGUUGUGUCUAGAAGGUCUCAAAGAAGUCAUCUCUUAUACCCUAAAGUUAAAGUACUGUCACUUCUUUCACAAGCCUUGUAGUAUUUGCACUGUUGGAGUGCUGGAGUGCCUGACUUUAGCCGCAGCCUAUGGUUUAGAUGACCUGUACAGGAAGUGUCUCCGGUGGAUCAAUAAGCAUUUUACGAAACUGUGGAUAACCAAGCCGUUUGCCUCCCUACCGAGAGAGCUCAUCGACAAGUGCUACAAGCAACUAGUGGCUCACAUUACUGUUGAUUCUAUAUUGGAUCAGUUCUUGAACUGCAAGUGUUUCAACGACAGUAUUCCAAGCUCUCGUUGGGCAGAAGUAUUACACGAGCUCGCUAAACGUUUGAAUGAUGCUUGUAUCAAGUACACUGCCCAGCACUUCUCCAUCGUCAUCUCCACUCACAAAUUUGCCGUACUAUUGAAAGACACUUCUGUGGAUAGAGCCUAUAUCCAGACAAAUAUCUUACAUGCUGCAGACCUAUUAUCACCCGAUGAAUCUUGCAAGAGCUACGGGGCUAUCAAUAAAUUGAUUUCUCUCAACCGAUCGCUUGAUGGCACCCCUGAUAUUCAUUUUGUGGAGUUCCUGAACGAAAUCCACUCAAAAGUAGAAGAAGUAUUGGUUAAACUAGCGCGAAGAGCGGUCAAAACCAUAUCCUGGAACUUGAUGGAUGGUGAGCUCCGAAGCAAGAUUCAAAAGCUUGCAUGUCUUGUCCUGGUUCCGGGAACUGAAAAAUCCAGGAUUAGACCCCUACAUAACCGUCAUGAAACAUCCAAUUCAAGAACUAUCGAGCUUCACAAAGUGAAAUUAGUCAUCAAUGGUGAGUCUGACGAAUCUUCAAGCAACAAAGCAGUCAGCAGUAGUACAACUAGACCAAAAACGUGGCCCUCACAAAAUUUUGCUCAGGUAAAAUCUCGUUACUUAGAACAACGUCCAGCUAGAAACAAUGCUAGCAAGGCGAACAUUGCUCCUGAAAAGAAACCAACUCCUCUUCUGCAAAGACGGCCAGUGAAAAUCCAGUCCAACAAAAUCUCAUCUUCAGAAUCUUCCCGUACUAACUCUCCAGCAGCGCCUCGCCCAGCCAAUGGCCGAGCACUCAAUGUUCGCUCCUCCCAUUGUACACCUCUAUCGCGACGCAAAGAUAUUCCUGCUGCAGAACCGGUUGAAUUGUCCAAACCAAAACCUUUAUCAAAUCGUAAAUCAUCACUCACCCAAAGCAAAACUCCCUGCGCUAAUGUUGCCAGCACGAGAACCCAAAACAUGAGAAUAGCUGCCCGAAAUGCCGCGAAAAAGAACGGGGUGGUUGCUAAACCAUCGACAGAAAAAGAGGCUACCCAGUCGCCAGCAGUGAAUCGUAGGACAAUACAGAGACCUGUAAACGCAGGAAAUGCCGAAAAUAAAUCGCCUUUGAAGCAACGAGUGAAGCCACAAAACAAAGAUAAAGCUGCCGCCUCAGGAUUAACUGUGCGCCGUAGUAAUUUUGCAAAUAGUGAUAAUAAAGUUCAGAAGAGUGCUGGCACGGUGAAAGCAACAUCUGAAAAAACAAACACUAAGUCUCAUAAAUCUGAUCUGUUGCACAGCUCAUCACGCUCUGGGACUUUUUGCAAAGAUAAUCCUGGAGGUGCCAAUUAAUGAAUCGUUUUUAGCAGAUAUUCGAUAAGCUUUUUUUCUAGUGGUUAAUCCUUUUCUAAUGAGAUUUUUCCUCAUCCAUGCACUUGAUUUCAGUUUACAAUGGUGCUUUAAAGCUAGAGUCAACUGCAUAGGUCUUAAUUUGUAUCUUUGAGUAAGUUUAUGUGUUUAUAAUAUUUUGGGUUUUACGUAAAACGGUGAAACCUUUUCAAUGAUCUCUGUACAGCUUACGUUUGAGUUUUCUUUUUCAAGAAGUUUUCGAAUUCAGGAGUGUAAUAUAUAUAAAGUUUCUUAAGUAGAUUUCAACUGUACGAUAUCUAUCCAAUAGCAUUUUAGCAAAAGAGCAAACAAACUAAUGGACAUAUCCUCAAGUUUUCAAUAGGAGUUUCUCAAUCCUUUAGAUUUAUUGUUCUGAAAGUAGUAAUGUCUCUCAUGGAGAGUUUCAUUCUCUGUCCAAGUAUUCUGCUCUACUGGUCUCCUAGCGUCAAGUGUAAGUGAAGUACACAGAUUAAAUUGACAUUCCGUUUUUUAAAAAAUCCUAAAACAUGUCCUUAUUUAAAAUUCUGAACAUUCCCACCGCUGAAGCACUGUCAUUUCCGUUUAUAUUAAGGCUAAAAAUGUUGAACCAGCGGGCCGAUUAUUGAAUGUCUGAAGCAGCCCGAUAAGACAUCUAAAUGCAAUAUAUUACAUGGUAAAGAUAAGGCCACGUUUUGUCUUGCUGACAUAGUUUCAAUAAUCGGCCCGCCGGAUCAUAUAGCAUUUAUUUGUUUUGAACUUAAAUUUUUAUUCAGUACUGCUUUCAUUUCUUUUUUAUUUUUUGUUUCAUUUCUUUUUUUUUUAGGAUAUUUGUCCUUAUUUUUUUUAUUUUUUAUUUUUAUAUCAAUUGUAUUAAAAAUUGAAUGUGCAUAUUGAUGGUGAAAUUGUAUGUCAUUAGGGGUGCUUCCUACAGUUUUUUAAUUGUUUUUAUUCAGGGGAAAAUUGAUCAAUGUCUCUAUAUAUGACUUUAAGAUUAUUCUGGGUAUAGAAAAAAAACCAUUCCUUUUGUUUAAAAAAAAUUCUUAUUGUUUCUGUCAUGAUAAAAUUAAAUGAUAAAGCUCAAUUUCAAGGCAAUUGAGCAUAGGUUAUUUUUUGUUUUUUCAAACUUGGAUGUUUCUUUAAAAUCUGUGAGUGCAGUAUUUUCACCAUGUGAAGAAGCCAUCUAUGUAAAACGUAAUUCUGGAAAUGGGAUUUUUUAACUAAACCCUCAUCCUCUCGUAAAGCCUGCAGAACAUAGGUCUGCUCCUCUUAAAAAAAUUAUGAAAUACUCAGUUUGAGGAAACCCCCCCCCCCCCAAGUCAGCAUUUUGUGACGUAUUUUGGAUGAAAAUCUGCCACCUUGCGUUCAUUUUUCAUUCCAGUUUUUCAAAAAAUUGGCGCAAAAUGCCUAUCCUAGUGUUAAGGCCAAAAUGUCUGUCCCCUGUGACGCUCCUGUAAUGCAGGCUCAGACCCUCCUUCUCCCCUCUCCCCCUCCCCUGGAGUGUCACGUAUUUUAUAGAGUGUAAUGUAAUGUGUAAUAAAUUUCAAAUGAGUGUUGUAUGGUUGCCUUUGAAUAAAUCACAAGCAUUUUUACUUGAGUCCAUCAUGAGGAAUAAGUCAGCGUUGUUAGACAAUUGGAGAGGCGCUUUCUUCUUUUCCAGUGAAUCAAAACAUUGCAAAUGAUACCAGAGACAAAGUUACUCCUAGUUAUCCUGUACAAAGUUAUCCUAAAGCUGCUGUCAAAUUUAAAAUGUUCUUAAUGCUUCAAAAUUUACUAUUGAGCCUGCAUUCCUCCAAAAUAUACUCCUGAAAAUUUUGAUUAUACAAGCUUAUCACACUUGGAAAAUCUUAAUGACUACUGGUAAUCAAUGCAAUAUUGAUUCAGAAUUUGAAUCCUUGAAUUGCUAUGUCCAAUGUCCCUCAAUGUGUCACUAUUUUAAGUAAUUGAGAAAUGGUCUCCAGUUUAAAUUUAUUCAUUUCAUUGUGAAAUAGGAAUACAAAUGUGAAUUUAGACAGCAUUAAGCAGAAGGAACUAUCUAAAAAGGGGAGUUUUGCGGGGGAAAACCCUCAGUAUCUACUGUCGGAAAGUACUGGAUUCUAUAUUUUUUCUUGAAACUCUUUUUGUAGUUAAUGUCUGCUUAAUGAUGUAAAAUUAUGCUGUAUUUGUCUUGUAAGGGAGCUGCAAAGUGUGAUCUACCGUAGUUUUGCUCUCCAGCCACUAAAUCCGAAGAUUUCAUGCAAUAGAACUGUCAAGUUGUUAUACCCACUAUUAUUUUAUUAUCUGUUUGAUUCAUUUAUAAGUUUUAUUUAUCAUAUUUAUUCAUCCAUUUUUUGUUAUUUUUUUAAAUUUAAUUAAACGAGCCAGUAGAUGGAAAAAGGGCGAGAACCUAACUCAUGCUUUUUUCCAGAGAAUGGCUAUUUUAAUUCGACAUAGUCUCAAGUUCUUGCUCCAAAAUUUUCAUGAUGCAAGCUGGAAAAUUGAAUGAGGUUUUGUCAUAUUCAAGGAGACCAGUUCUACAUUAGUAGCGCUUUGAAACUUCAAACGCACUUUUCUUGAAACAUGCUUUUCUGAAUCACACCCUUCCUCCAUCUAUCACCUCAAAUGAUCAGUUUAGGUUUGUGUCCUAUAAGUAAAGAGUCGUUAACAAGUACCGUUCAUGUUGGAAGUUAAAAAUAAACAUUUUUCCCAAAGGAAAGAAAAAAAUAAUUAUAAAGAAAAAAAGAAAAAUUGAUGAACAAAAAAAAAUUGUAAAGAAAAAGGGAACUUGCAUGAUUCUGUGUACUUAACUUGCCUUGGUAAUUUUAGAACGAAGUACAUCUGUAUCUGUUUUUUAUGUAUUUGUAGCAUUAGAUGUAAUCUGCUGUGCUAAGGAAGAAUGUUACUUGAACUUUCAGGCGUGGCAGGAUCUCCUGCGUUGUAAAAAGUCUGAAAAUUUCAAGGAAAAAUAUUUAUUUUCCAUAAAAAAUGAAUAUUUUUUGGGAUAAAUUUGGAAAAAUACAACUGCUCGCACUGCGUUUUUCCAUAACACUGCAGUAAUACUGGCUGGAAGAAUUAUAGCUCUGAUCUUUCUAAGACUGAAUACUAUAGUUAACUAAGCUUUAACCAAAUUUUUUGUGCAUCUGCUUUUUUAAGUCAAGAAGACAGUCAAGAAUGCUCAAACUGUCUGGAAUUAUAUAAAUAGAAACAUUAAUGGUUAAGUUUAAGUUCUUUUUUUAUUUUGGCAUCUGAUACGUUCCGAAGACCCAUGUAGAAUUUUUUCUCCCUGCCGUGAGAAUAUGUUUUUACUGUAUCCUUUUCUUUUCGAUCGGAGGAACUCAAUCCUGUGCUCAUUUUAGAUCCUCCCUUCAUACUAAUGAUAAAACUAAUUAAUUUUCCUAAGUUUUGUUUGUGUUCUGCUAUCAAGCCAAUCGGCACAUCCGAUCUGUGUUCCUUACUGUUCUCAUCUUUCAACAAUGUAGUCUUCAGUCAACAUUCCUCCACUCUUUAAUUUUUUUUCCUUCUCUGUAAAAUUUUUCCCUUUUUUUGAACUUUGAAGAUCUAUCAAUGUUUUUUUGUCAAAGGAGGAGUAUCAAUGAGGGCCUUUUUUGGGCUCACCUUAGCUUAGUUUCUUCAACCCCACGAUUUUUUGCUCAUUGAAUAUGUUUUACGGAAUGCAUCAAGAUUUGGUAAUUUUCGAUCUCUUUCUCUUUUUGUUGAUGUUUCGUUAUGAAGCCGAUCAGAUUAUUCAGCUUUCAACCAGAAACCCGCAAAAUUCACAUUUUUUCGUCAAAAUAGGCCUUCAGACUUAUGUUUAGGCCAGUAUUAGACUUGAAAAGAGACUGCAAAUGACCAAAUCAUGGUGCGCUCCAUGAAAAAAAGACCUUCAAACUGCCGAAAACCAAAGAGUUGAGAAAA